UCGCGGACAGGCAGUGCAGGAGACACCCAGCCGAGGACCCACCCGCGCGUCAGUGACUCCGCUACAGGGCCCGGGCCUGUCGUCCGCUCUUGCCGCACGCACGCGCACCGCACGCACCAUGAGGGUGGCGGGCCUGAUCAGUGGUGGGAAGGACAGCUGUUACAACAUGAUGCAGUGCAUUGCCGCAGGGCAUCACAUUGUUGCUUUAGCAAAUCUGAGACCAGAUGAAAACAAAGUGGAGUCAGAUGAGCUGGAUAGCUACAUGUAUCAGACAGUGGGUCACCAUGCAAUUGACCUGUAUGCAGAAGCUAUGGCUCUUCCCCUGUACCGCAGAACCAUAAGAGGAAGAAGCUUGGAGACAGGAAGAAUGUAUAGCAGGUGUGAAGGCGAUGAGGUUGAAGAUCUCUAUGAAUUAUUGAAACUGGUUAAGGAAAAAGAAGAAAUAGAAGGGGUUUCAGUAGGUGCUAUACUUUCUGAUUAUCAACGUGUGCGAGUAGAAAAUGUAUGUAAACGGCUUAAUCUGAAACUUUUAGCUUACCUUUGGCAGAGAAACCAGGAAGACCUACUCCGAGAGAUGAUAGCAUCUAACAUUGAAGCUAUUAUCAUCAAAGUAGCAGCUUUGGGCUUAGACCCUGAUAAGCAUCUUGGGAAAACCCUGGGUGAAAUGGAGCCGUAUCUUUUGGAGCUUUCUACGAAGUAUGGUGUCCACGUAUGUGGGGAAGGUGGCGAGUAUGAAACCUUUACUUUGGAUUGCCCUCUAUUUAAGAAGAAAAUCAUUGUGGACUGCUCAGAAGUAGUCAUACACUCUGCUGAUGCGUUUGCACCUGUGGCUUAUCUUCGACUUUCAGAGUUGCACCUGGAAGCAAAGGUGUCUUCAGUACCUGGGAAUGAUGAAACAACUAGCUAUAUACACAAUUCUUGAAAUUUAUGCUGCAUUUUAAAAAUUAUUAUGGCCAACUUCUCUCAUUACAUUUUUAUACGUCUUCAAAAAAUAUAAUGGGAUCAUUGAUUAACUGGAAGGACUUCAGUGAAUCCUUCUCUAAUAUUGCCAGUUUCCUUAACCUUCUUUCCAAACGCUAUGAUAUACAUCUUGUUGCUCACUUUCAAAUUUAUGGCCUUUUUUUCAUUACCAUUUUUAUAUUCCUUGACAUCUCUCUCUCUCUCUCUCUCUCUCUCUCCCUCUCCCUCUCCCUUUCACUCUCUUAUCCUAGAACUCACUCUGUAGACCAGGGCUGAUAUCGAACUCAUAGAGAUCCAUCUUUCUCUGCUUCCCAGGUGAUGUAAUUAAAGGUGUGUGGCACCACUGCCCAGCAAUAUUUCUUUUUCAUUUGUGUCCUCCCUUUCAUUAUACCACAUGUCAUGGAGAAGAGGCAUCAGUAAGUGAAGAAGACCCUACCCUGACAAUCAAGCUCACUGUAAUUAAGUGUCACCAAUGGAAUUUAUAUUUUUUGUUGUUUUUAAUGUAAUCAUUAUUCAUACUUUCCACAUCAGUGGAUAAAGAGAAGGAAUAUUAUCUUAAAUGGCUGGUUUUUUAUGAUUGAUUUUUUUUGUAUAAUGCUGUGUAUGAUUUGAUGAAUUGUGGGUGCCUGGAUCAAGACGUUUCAGAGGAUAAUAUUAAUAUGUGGCCUACCAAUCACUCUUGUGGUAUUUUGCUGAAGAACCUGGCUGCCUUUUACCCUUGUCCAAAAAGCUUGCCCAAGGUUAAAGUGAAGAGUUUUGGGUUAAUUCCCUUGGCAAAGGAAAUCUCAAAACACUCUGUUGUGUGGUUACUAGUGUUAACAUUGAUGAAGAUUUAUAAUGAAAAAGAGCAAGCUGAGCAAGAAAAAUAUUUGGGGAAAAACUGAGCACCAGCUAAGUCCUGUGUUCAAGGAGAUGAACAGAUUAAGAAAUGAAAUAAACCAUGUAGUGGCCUCAGGGUAAGAUGCCACUCAACUUGUGAAAAGGAAUUAAAGAAAAGCUUAGAUCUGGGUGGUGGUGAUGGUGCACUUCUUUAAUCCCAGCAUCAGGAGGCAGAGGCUAGUGGAUCUCUGAGUCUGAGGCCAGCCUGGUGUACCAAGAAAGUUAUGGUUGAUUUUUUAAAGAAAAUUUUAAAUAUAACUUUUGUAUACCUCAUACAAUUUUUAAAGGCAGACUAUUUUGUAGAAUAAUUUUAUGUUCUCUGCAAAGAUGAAUGGAAAAGCACAGAGGGCCUGUGUAUAUUUUCUAUCUCAUUGGAACACAGUCUGCCUCAUGUCAACAUCCUAUGCUACAGAGAUGUUUCUGUUGUAACUGAUAAACCUACUUUGGUAGGUCCUUAUCACCAAAGGCCCAUGGUUAUCCAGGAGAGUUGGCUCGCUCCUAUAAUUCCAGAAGUUGAGAGGUUGAGGCAGGAAGAAUGUCGUGAGUUUGAGACCUGGGUUACCUUGUCUCAAAAACAAAUAAAAAGAUCAUAGUUGA